UUUUGUUGUGAAUAGGCUUGUUUGACCUCAUCGGGAAGGUCCUCUCUCUCGCGGCCAAUCGAUUUUGGAAGUAGUGAAAAAUCGAGCACAAAUUGCUUUAAAAAAGUGUUGAAAAUCUGCUGAUUCCUUUUGCGUAGUUUACGUUUUUGAUUACUCAUUUCAUUUGUUACUUUGUUUCAAUCGUGUCAUCCGUGGAAAAGAUAAAUUUCCUGGUGUAAAAUUUCAGAAUUUGCUACCUAAAAUCGCAUGGUGUGCGAUUGGUGAUUUUUUUUUCUCUAAUUUUUUUUGCCUGAACCGUUUUUGUUUCGAGUGUUUUGCUAGUGUGAGAAGUAUUGGCAGAGUGGCAUACCGGAAAAGUUUUCAGAAAUAAUGGCGGAGAAUGAAGAUUUAAGUAACAGCAGUAGUAGUAGCAGCAGAGAGGAUAUGCAUUUUUUUGAAGGAGUCGAAAAGUUGCUGGAGAUCUGGUUUGAAUCAAACUCAUCCAAUAAAAAUGCCGAUCUAAGAAAAAUUCCUAGAGCCAUGUGGGAUGCAUUGUUGAAAACAGUCCGAUGUGAAAUCAUCAGCUUCACCAGAAAUGAACAGAUCGAUGCGUAUGUGCUAAGCGAGAGCAGCAUGUUUGUGUCGAAGCGUCGCUGGAUUCUGAAGACAUGUGGCACAACGACACCCCUACAGUGUCUGGAGCCGUUGCUACGGCUCGCGUCGGAAAUAGCCGGUUAUAGCGAGAUAGACGAUCUGUUCUAUUCGCGCAAAAAUUUCAAACGACCGGAAAUGCAGGUCUCGCCGCAUCGUGGUUUUGAGGAGGAAGUGGCCUUCCUCGAUUCAUUUUUCGAAGAUGGACGCGCCUACAGUCUAGGUGCUAUCAAUCGUGACUGCUGGUAUCUCUACACGUUGAGCCGCGGGGGAGGGGGCUCCGCCAAUAAGCAAUUGAUGAACAACAUUAAGAACAACAAUAACAACAUUAAUAAUCACAACAACAACAACAACGUUAACAGAAACAUUCAAACAACAAAUGUCGCGCUGACUCCGUUGGCCAAGCUGAGUCUGAUUGAAUCUCUGCAGUUGCCGGAUCCAGAUCAAACCAUCGAGAUACUGAUGACUGAUCUGAACCCAGAGGUAAUGGCUAUUUUCACCAAGGAUGUGUGCAACACUGCUAUGGAGGCAACUCAGAAAUCGGGCAUUCACAAGUUGAUCCCAGGAAUGGUAAUUGAUGAUUAUCUAUUUGACCCGUGCGGUUAUUCAAUGAAUGGAGUGUCCAAGAGUUGCGGACAAAAGUAUAAACAGGGAUGCUACAUGACGAUCCAUAUUACACCGGAGCCAGAUUUUUCGUACGUUAGUUUCGAGAGUAAUGUUGCUUCGUCUAGCUAUGGAGAAUUAAUUGCACGUGUUAUUGAAACCUUCCAACCGGGAAAGUUUAUUGUGACUGUUUUCGCUAACAAGACAUCACUGGCCGCCAACGCAUUCCGUGAACUUGAGCACUUGGCUACGAUUGAUCAGUGGAAGCGUCGUGACAUCCAAUUUUCGCGCUUCGCCAGCUACGACCUGACUUACGCUCAAUACUGCAAAUAUCCGAGCUGAGGUUUACCGUGCUUAGCCCUCGAUGGGGCUAAUAUAGUUUCCCCCCAUACUUCCCUUCCUUCCUGGCCUACACCUGCAUCCGUUUCCUCUGUUUUUGUUAACCGCCCAUCUCCCUUCUCCUGUCUGCCUUCUUCAGUGGCGUUGUUUCGCGCAUUCUUCAAUAUCUUCCCGGUGUUAACAUCGCUCAGCUUUGCAAUGAACUUUCUCUUCGGUAUGUCGGAUAACAAAUUCAACAACAACAAUAACAACAACAAAAUCAAUGAUAUUGGAAAAUUAGACGAUACCGAUAAAUCGCACAAACGGUGCUUCGAACAAUCGACUACUGAAAGCGACGAAAACUUGGUAAAAUUCUACAGUCAGAUGAGAAAACUGAUCGAUUUGCCAACGGUACUGUUCACAAUAAUUCUAAUUCAGUUAAUUUCGUUUGUACUUGUACUGAACAUCGAGGAAUGCUCGCCGCUAGUCUUAUUUUCCUGGUGGCGCAACAAGAUAUCCUGAAAUUGACUACCACGUGGCAAACGAGCGGCUUGCAGCAGCCUCAGUUGCUGCCUCCUUCCGUUCUGAUGCCUUUCCUGAUGUUCAUUAUUAUCGCUACUGUUAUUAUUUUGAUAAUAAUACAUUACCGAUCAUCAUGCGUUUCCGUUCCGCUCCUUCGUGGAGCGAAGCUUAUAGUGAUGAUUUACCCCGUCGAUGUUGCGACGAUGUUUGGUUUAUUAACAGCCAAUCGAUUGUUGCUGGCCAAUUGCUAGUAACCGUCGCGAUUGUCGCUGCAGUGACUGUAUGCGAAAUGCGUACACAACAUUUACCAUCAUCGUUUGUUUCGUUUAGCAUCAACCGUUCUCCAGGCGAUGCGAUUAGCAACAAAUUAAAAGUUUUAAAGGGAAAUUUUAUGAACUACAGAAGAAUUAAAGCAAUUAUUGAUAGUAAAAGCCGGUGCAGUGCAGUCUCUCUCGAUAAAAUAACCUACAAUCAACAGUUAGAUGUUGUAGUCAUUCAGUGUAACCAGCACCACCGAGAGAUGCACCUCCGAUAUAUUAUCCUUUUUAGCACCUUAUACAAAACAAUGGCUAAUAACAAUGGUAACAGCUAUCUGCUAAGUGUCGUAGAUUUCAAUUUUAUCGUUAGGAUUGUCAAUAACAAAAUGAUUCUAGUUGAUAGUAUCAUAUUCGAUUAUCUAAUAUCAUUGGAUUUGUAUUCGUAGCAAAGUAAAAUAAUAACAAUAACGUAAAAUGUAUAUGAUAACCAACAUUUAAAUACAAGCAUUUUAACAGAACCAGAUUCAACGUAAAUAAAACAUGGUUACAGUAUUUACUUCAAUUUCCUUCCCAUCACCUCCGAUAGACCAAUCUUUGUCGUCCCUGAUUUAAUGACGGCGGCGUAUAUAAAAAUUGUGUCGAAUUGAAAAUAAUGAAAAAUUUCCAAAUCAUAAAAUGAUACAUUAGAUGAGACUAACACUAAGUAAAACAAAGGCAACAAAUAAUACCUAAAUGGAUGAGAAUACAAAACUAUGACGAUUAGAAAGGAAAACAUAACAAACGCGAUAUGAACACAAUGAGGGUCUAAAUAAUGAACUAAUAAGAUUGAAAAUGUAACUGAAGAGUCAGAGAAUUAGUAGCCAGUUGAAGCAAGUGAAAUAUUUAGAAAAACAAAUCAGUCUAUUGAUAUUGAUGAAAAUAAAACAAAAGUUAAGCAAUUGAACUACUAUUUCAUUGGCGUUACUAAAUAAAAAGCUACCGCAGUUACUAUGCGAUUAGACCUGUCCUUGGCAAGGUCUCUGCUAUGCGCAAAGCGAUAUAUUUUUCUAAUCAAAACUGGAUUACGUGAUUUAAAAAAACGCUAAAAUCUAGCUGUAAGGUCAACGUUAUGUAGGACAAGAUUAUUUAAUUUUGUCUGAAUUCCAUUUAUCGUUAUUGGGAUUUUUCAAUCGUUUUUAAAGUAUAUUUUCAAAAAUGAAUUUUAUUAAGUGAUGCCUGCUUAAGAGACAUAAUAUGUAUUAAUUAGUUAAAACCAAUUUACGUCAAUAAAAUAGGUUAACUGGUAUGCGGGACAA